AUGGCUCUGCAGGCCUCACCUCCUGGAGGGAACCAGGUCCUGACUUGGAUCCUGCGUCUGCUGCUGUCAGCUGCAUGCCUGCAAGUGGGUAACUCUGCCGGAUCUAACAGAGUAAAUGCCUUUGGGGUCAACCAACCAGCACGCCUCUCUGGUGUCCAGGGCGGCUCCAUCGAGAUCCCCUUCUCCUUCUACUUCCCCUGGGAGUUGGCAGAGGAUCCACAGAUGAGGAUUCACUGGAGAUGGAAGCACCUCCAUGGGGAAUUUAUCUACAACUCUACCCCACCUUUCAUACUUGAGCAUUUCAAGAACCGGCUCAUCCUGAACUGGACACAGCCUCAGACAUCUGGAGUCCUCAGAAUCCUGAACUUGACGAAGGAGGACCAGACAGUGUACUUCUGCCGAGUACGUCUGAACACAAGACAUGGCGUGGAAGAGUGGCAGCCAGUUGUAGGGACCCAACUAAACAUCACUCGUGGUAUGGACACCCCAGGUCAGUCCCUGGUGACCCUGGCUUCCUUUGACACAAAUCCAUGUGGAUCUGGCCUCUCCAGGACGGAGCAGCCUUCACCUGGUCCUGUGUCAGGGUCUCUGUUAGAUCUAGACUUUACACUAUAUCUCAUUCCUUCCACAGAAGGUGCCUUCUGGUCCCAUGUACCCUCCUCCUCUGUGUCCCCCAACUUCACCAGUCUCUAG